ACACACACACACACACACACACACACGGAAAGAGAACCAACCUGUCCGUCAGGCCUCGGCGGGUCACGCAGAGCCGGUACAAAAGCCUCAGUGUUUCUCAAGUCACAGCACAAACUCUUUCGCCGGCAGGGAAAAUCAGCGCCAUCCACUUCCGCCAUGUUUUCUCUGCUCAUUGGCGUCGCGGUAACUGGCCUUGUGUAUGUAACUUUAGUGAACACUUUGUUUAAGAAGUCGAAAUGUACAGGUGCGAGAGAAAUGAGCGGGAAAAGCGUCAUAAUCACAGGUGGUAAUACUGGUAUUGGUAAAGCCACAGCGAUGGAGCUUGCAGGUCGAGGCGCAAGAGUGAUCCUGGCUUGCAGGAACCAACAGAAAGCCGAAGCUGCCAUCAGUGAUAUUAAAAAGGUGACCGGGAGUACUGAAGUAGUGUGCAUGCAGCUCGAUCUGAGCAGUCUGAAAUCGGUGCGUUCUUUCGCCGAGAACUUCCUGAAGACCAAAUCCAAACUGGAUAUACUUAUUAACAAUGCAGGUCUUGUAGCGGACGGUCGAACUGAAGAUGGUUUUGGUAUCGAGUUUGGCGUCAACCAUCUUGGCCACUUCCUGUUGACGUGCCUCUUGCUGGACCGGCUUAAGGAGAGCCCUGGAGCCCGGGUGAUCACCCUGUCCUCGAUGGCUCAUCAGUGGGGCAAGAUUGACUUUGAUGCACUGGUCACCAACAAAGACCUGGGUAGUGGGAGAUACAGCUGGCAGUUCUUUCAGGCCUACUGCAACAGCAAGCUUUGUAACGUUCUCUUCACGCACGAGCUUUCUAAGAGGCUGAAGGGCACUAAUGUCACCUGCUACAGUGUUCAUCCCGGUAUUGUGAAAACCGAGCUCUCCCGUCACGUCAGUCUCUGGCAGAAGGUGUUCAUUGAACCCAUAUCCUGGCUGCUGUUCCUGGACCCAACAGCUGGCGCCCAAACGACCCUCCACUGUGCUCUAGAGGAAGGCAUCGAGCCUCUCAGCGGGCGCUACUUCUCAUGCUGCGCUGUGCAGGAAGUGAGCGCCAAAGCCAGAGACAAUGCCGUAGCCAAGAAGUUGUGGGACGUGAGUGAGAAAUUAUGUGGGCUCUCCUAAACCCUACAGAGAACUGUCAAACUUGCAGCCUAUGAGACUUGAACCAAUUUGCAGUCAUUUAGAUGUUCAUGUUCUGUAAAUAUGAAAAUUAACUUUUAAGACUGUGAUUGAUGUAAUUGAUGGUUGUAUUAAAUACAUUCUAGAGGAGGUUGAAACGCACAAUUCUUUGCAUUUUGGGCACUUUUUGCUGUUUCACAUUUGAUUCAGCAAGGGCACUGUGUUAAGUUUUAUACGUUGUGCAUUUUAUAAACUGUUGCUGUUCAAUUAUUGUAAUAAAAUCUGCAGUGUGGUUUAAAAUCC